AUAACUCAACAAAGAUUAACCAUAACUCUUUGUUUACACGUAUUUCUAAAUCCAGAUUGGCGUGUUACUUGCUUCAAAACACAACAUACAGAACGCUAUCGUCAGCAGGCCAAACAAUAGAUGCAUGCCAACGCAGGCUGGUCACGUGAAGGCAACAACAAGACAUUGCGAAAUUGCCCGGGACAGACAGAAACCGCCUUGUUGUGAUGCUAUGAUGGAAACAAACUGAGAAGGGAAGAGACUAGAAGAAGAAGGCACUUACAGCGGUCGCGAGCCGAGCGUUACAUGGGGAGUUUAAUUUCUCGCCGUGACGGCAGCAGACCGUCGACUGGGGCCGAGAGGCAGAGCGGGACAUGCGGGCGGCAAACUGACGAGACGCCGCCAGACUCCGACGACGACUCCUUGGAUGGGCUCGUCAGGAGGGAAGACAUAGCCCAGUUUCCAUAUGUCGAGUUCACUGGCAGAGACAGCAUUACGUGUCCGGCUUGUCAAGGAAGUGGACGCAUCCCCUCAGGUCAAGUCAAUGAACUGGUUGCACUAAUCCCAUAUACCGAUCAAAGGUUGCAGCCUCAAAGAACCAAGCUCUACGUGGUUCUGUCCGUUGUGCUGUGUUUCCUUGCCUCCAUGCUGGUGGCUUUCUUCCUUUUUCCACGUUCGGUUAUUGUGGUGGAUGACGGGAUACGCGUGGUGACGGUGCGCUUCGACCCUGCUAGCUUUAACAUCCAGAUGAACUUGACGAGCACACUGAACUUCAGCAACCCAAACUUUUUCUCAGUACUGGUACAAAGUGUCAGCUGUCAGGUGCUAUACAUGAAGAAUGUGAUCGGUACGCAUCUGCUUAAUAACGUUACCACCAUCCUACCACUUAGCGAGCGUCAGGUGAACUAUACAGUCAGCGUGGAGAUUGGCAGCAGUGCACCGUACGUCUAUGCCUUUUGCACCAUGCGCAGCAUCAAAGUCCACAACAUCCUUGUUUUUAUGCAAACCUCCGUGAAAACCUCACAGAUGGUACGAUCGUCCCAGAACAGCCUGGAGGCAUACCACUAUGUCGACUGUGGCUCUAACACAACGUACCGGCACUGGCACUCCUUCUCGACCCGCAGCCGGGUCUAAUUGUUCAAGCAAUGUGGAGGGAAGGACCUUAUAUUCACACGUAAUCUGAUUCUUUGACCUAACGAAUUGAGAUGCUUGCUAAACAUGUUUGUUUUUGUUUGCUUUUUUUUUUUCUCUUUUUAUGUUACUGUUACAAAAAAUAUCUGUUCUCAAACCUCUUUCACGUCUAAGGUUCUUAGUGUAUUUUCUAUAAAUAAGUUCUGUUAUGCAACAUUUUUUCAUGUAUGUUGUAGUGACUGUUUCUUUAAAAUGUGCAUUUGAGAGGAUUUUUUUCAAGCUACAGUCAACUAAAUGGCUUUAUUUGAAAAAAAAAAAUGUUAAGGGAAAAGCGGCGUAGGCCUGGAGUUUGGGGGCAAGUCUUGAGAAAUAAGAGAACCUUAGGAAUACUGCAUGUUAUGACUGACAUUAGUUAUUUUGACAAGCAUGAGUCUGUGUCCUGCUGAACUAAGAAUACGAAGCUAAGAAAAAAUUUGAUUUGUAACCUGUUUUGACACCUAUCGAUAUUUUCAAUUAGGAUGAAGUGAAGUUACUUUCCUACCUCAAACAAUUUUUGGAUUGCAUUAAAAGGCAAAUGUGUGCAGCAAUGUUAUAAACCAAAGCCAAUCACACUGGAGAUUCUGUUUCUGCUAUUACGAGGUUUUGCGUCAUCCUUAUUUUACUUGAAUCUUGUGACAUCAGGAGCUCUAUAGAUUCCCAAGUACGUGUUUUUUAAGAAGGUGCUAUUUGUAAAAUGAUGCUUUCUCUGAAUGAUCCAUUUUAAAAAAUAAGUUUUCAAAUAAUGACUUCAGUUGUAUGUUCUAAAGUUUAAUAUUAAAGGAAAUGGGAAUAAAUACUAUUAAAACAAUGCAAACAUUCUUUUCUCCACCAACACAACAUAAAAUCACUGUAAAACUCAAGUUAUGUACCACAUCAUGAUCACUUUAUUCUGUUUUCUGAAUACAAAAUAGCAGUAUAGAAACAAAACAUUCCUUUUGUUACGUCUCAUACAUGGUCCUAUAGCUGCAUGUGAAAAUAUAUUACUACAUAAUAUAGAGAUCCACAUGGAGAAAAAAAAUACAAAGACCACAAUAUAUUAUUGCUGUAAUGAAUGUAGUGUUUUGGGGGGUUUUUUCCCCCAAAAAGGCAAAAAAAAACCUAAAAUAAAUGCAUAGCAGAGCUACAAGGAGCAGUUACGUACAAAAAUAUAGCUGAAUAAAAAGCUUAUUAAUUCAUAUAAGAGUGCUUCAUCUUUGGUUAAGUACAUUUUUGGCCGCCAUGUGACAAUGUAGCUCAAUACAAUAAUAGUACAAUAACAAUACUUCCUUCUUCACUUCUCCAUUUCCCGUUUCACUUGCGUUACUUUAAUUAAUAUCGGACAUAACAACGCUCGGUCACCUAAAUACCUUCAAACUGCCUCCGACACGCACAGUUCAAAAGUUAACAUUCCUAUUUACGUUCAGCAGUGUCUCACACUCGUUCCUGUUAACGGUGUAUGAGUGGAGUGAAUUAAACAGGAUUGUCUUCAUGAAUGUAAAUAAAUGACAGAACAGGUCUUUGGUCUCUUUUGAU